GUGAAGUGACCUUGAUGUCUCCGAUGUUGGUGGAAGGGUCUCUUACUCCACCCUUCAUGCUUAGUUUCAUUCGUAACGCUUCUGAAGUGGAAACAAACAUUACUGUUUCAGAGAAAUCUAACGAAUCUAACAGCUGUAUUCUUAUUGCUAAAUAUAACCCAGCUAAUUUCCAGUUUUAUUCCAAAUGUUCAAAUGACACGAGUGAAGUUAUACGUGCUAAAAGUGAAACAAUUUUUUGGAGUGAAAUAUUUAUUACAGCGUUUUCUGAGGACAAACUCUGGAUUGCACUGUGUCACCAGACAUGUCAGGCUACAACAGUCAGUAGUAUGAUGCGACCGCCUUUCUCCGUCAAGAUGUCCAGCAACAGCACUGUAGUAAAUUUCGUCCUCAACUGUCCAAAUGCAGGAUGCCAGAUGAGACGCAAGGGACUUGUUGCCAAGGGAAACAGCGGAAUCACUUCGUUCUUCGUCACUGGAGGAGACAACUUUACCGGGAUUAAGAUUUCCACAAAACCGAGUAUUGAUAUAACAUUGAACUCCUCAUUCUUCAUGAAGUCCCAGUGGAAUCAAGUAUAUGUCAUCUGCACAUCAUUAAACAUAUACGUGUUGGUGAACGGCAGUGUCGUUAUAAAUAAGACUACCGCUGACAAAGUUGAGGUCAGUUUCGUAAGCUUCGAGGUGCAGGGUGAUGGUGAAGCAAAAUGGUGUAACUCCGUCGCUCCAUCAUUGUCAUCACCAUCCUGGUAUCAAGAUUAUGGCGCAGUUACGUACACUGGCUGGGUGUCGGUGGCACUGUUGUUCCUGCUGUGUCUGGUCCUCAUCUGCUGUAUUGCCUGCAGACAUAGGAAGUCAUAUGUUACUAUUGAGUCUUGUGCCAAUCCACCCACCUUGCCCCGGUGCAAAGCUCCGACACCUGAACGAAUAAGUAUCACCACGUAUGGUAUGCCCCUAGACGAGAUUUGCUUAGCCAGUGAACACAUUUACGACAGCUGGAUGGACCUGGAGGACGCGCAGCAAAGCUCGAGGCACGACAGCGAAAGCGGAUCUUCUUGUGCCAGUAAGGCAGUGAAAGAAACUAGUUUCAUGAAUGGGAGUGAAUCUGACGAUGUAUGUUCUUGUGCCAGCAAGGCAGUGAAGGAAACUAGUUUCAAGGAUGGGAGAGAAUCUGACUGUGUAUCUUCUUGUGCUAGUAAGACAGUGAAGGAAACUAGUUUCAAGGAUGGGAGUAAAUCUGACGGUGUAGACUAAGGCCAUAAUCCUGCCAUUCAUUCUUGUUCCUCAAAAGUAGGAUCAAGUUUUUGAAAAGUUUCUUCAUGAUGGUCUCUGGUGCUGGUGAGACUGUGAAAGAAACCAAUUUCUGUGGUGAGAGUGUUUCAUAUGUUUCAGAGAAACAGAACCAUUUUCGUAUUAUUGCCAUACUUGUGAACAAGUGUGGUAACAAUACCAUAUUUGUAGGCAAAAUCUUUAUUUUAAAGAUGACUCUUAGCCAACACAGUGGCUACAUGACGUCAGCUUAUGAAGCGUACAGCAUAAUAGUACAUACGAAAAUAAAGUGAGGUGAUAGACGAGGUUAGGUAAUGGAUGACGGAGUCUCAAAGUGCUGUUCAGUAGCACUGGAAGUCUACAUAUGCAGCCGCUAAAUCCUGUCUCCAUGUUCUAUUUCUCUCUUUGAUAAUAAUUUCAUUGUCCAAUCUAUUAGAUGCCCCUCUUUUUCCCCGAUGCUUGAUGCAAGCAUUGCUCUGGUUGUGUUUGGCAAACUUGUUUGUAUUUCAAGUAUCAGUGCAGUCUCAAAAACGAACACUCUAUCACACCUACCACAUAGAAUUCUGUAGAAGCCUUCUUCAAAGCUGGAAUGGCUGUCGAUCGUAGGUAUGGUAAUAACUGCAAGUUUGAUAUCACUAUAGUGAAGGGUAUGGGGUAUUUGGAUAGUGGAGUCGCCAGCAGCCGUACCACGUCACCACUCCGACAUCCACUGAAUGAUAACGCCUAAAUUCACUUCACUUUUCUUUUGUAUAUGUAAUGUGCCUUGUAUUUACUUGAUAAAGGCCUCUGUGAAGACCAAAUGUGUCCUGGUGUUGGUUCCUAACAAGCAGAAAUAUGUUUUUCAAAAACCAUACUCCUAAAGAGUUAAUGGAAGACAACAUUCUUCAAGUAAGAUAAUUUUUAAGAAAAUAUGUUGAGUUUAUGAAACAGAAGAAUGAUCCUCAAACACAUGACCAAAUUCAUCAGGAAGUUAAUAUCAAAUCAUAAAGUCAUGUUCUUCAGGGACAUUACCAGAGGUAUGGCCAAUUCCUUGAAUUAGUGGAACGACCAUUGGUUUAUUUGAUUACCGAAUAUACAACACGACAUAGAAACUUAUGUUUUUAUUUAGGGGGACUACGUGGUAACUGACAUUAAUUAAUCACACAUCAAUCAAGCCAACCAAACACUCCAGCCGUCUCAAAUUUCUAACUGGGUGUGCUCCCCUGAUAAAACUGGCAAGUUACUAAUAAACGAAGUAAUUACUUGCCCUCUAUGGUGUCUUGGUCGAUACCUAGCUCCUGGGCCAAAUUCAGGGGCUGAUACCUAGCACAACGGCCGGUGGCUUCACAUCUGUCCUCGUGCUGCCUUCGUAGCGACACCGUGAUUAUCACACCCGUUAAUGAACGAGAUACCACGGCAUAUGCUAACGAGCCUACCUAACCUGAACAAGAAUUGCAAUUGACACUGCACAAGCUACAUGGACGUUAUUAUUCGUCCUGGGGGAUGGAGUUGUGUCUUCACUUGGACGGCUGAUCGUGAGAACUUUGCUCCUCCAACCUUUUAAGAACAGAGGUAAUUGAGGGUUAAUAAUCACUUGAUUGAGUUUUA